UCGUUCUCCGAGUUAUUUGUUCCUUAAGUCAAUCUCUAUCGUUUAAUCUCGCGAUACUGUUGAAUUUUUUUUCGCGUGCAAUAUGCCGAUGUUAACAUAUAGUGGCUGCGGUAUAGGAGCUGCGGAGGCCGAAAAUGGUUCUCCAGCUGGAUCGUUACUGUCUGGCGAAGGAGAGCUUGCGGAAGAAGCCGGCGAUUCGCCCGGAACAUCAAGGGACACUGAAGAGGAAGCCACGCUUUCCGACGAAUUUUAUUCCCACGAUACAGAUGAGGAGGAAGAACAAAACAAAAGACGGAGGGACCGUUCCAGUUCCCUAGACGGCAUCUCGUCUUCUGGCAGUGGUCAUUUGGGGUCGCCCACGCCCCGUAUAGGUAAUUUAGGAGUAAGAAAAUUAUUCACUAACAGCCGUGAACGAUGGAGGCAGCAGAACGUGAGUGGCGCCUUUGCUGAGCUUCGCAAAUUAGUGCCGACUCAUCCACCUGACAAGAAGUUGUCGAAAAAUGAGAUUUUAAGGAUGGCAAUAAGGUACAUAAGGUUGCUAAGUAAUGUUCUGGAAUGGCAAAAAAGUCAAGAUCGUAAUGGGAUGCAGCACGAUGUACGCAUCAAAUGCGAGUCGCAUUUGAACAAUCAAAAUUCCACAUACCACUUGAAGCCAAAUGUAGCGUUUCUGAAGCAGGAGAAGCUCAGUAACGAAAAUUCUCACGUCUUUCGUGUUAAUUACGCCACGCAAAGACAUAGUUCGCACACGUGUGACAAGAAUGGCAGUAAUUUGCUGAUGAUUGCCCCGAGCGGACUCAAUACAACUAUUUCCGCCGGAAAACGCUGCGUCACAUCCUCCAUCGUCGUUACUCAAGGCAACUCUCUUUUCCACAGCAACAGCAAUGGAAAUCUUAUACGUUCUCCAUCGAGCGGACGGUCCUCGAGUUUUCCGAAAUCACCGCAAAUCUCAUCGAACACUAAUAUAGUACCUAAUGGCUCCUCUUCAUCUUUGACGGGUAACACAUCAGUUACAAACGGAAUAGGAUCGAGUGGCUCGAAUUGUGCCCAAAAAAGGUUUAAGAUUGAACGAGAAGAGGAAGACCAGGCAUCAAGGGACUGUAGAGUUCCGCCACCACCUGUUCAUAAUGUCCCGGUCAGAAAAAGGGUCAAAGUCGCCUUUGUAAAGGACUCAAGUUCAGGGUUUCGCGGCGAUUUGUGCGGUGCAGAUCGCAAAUGAAACAUUAAUGAGAGAGAUAUCGUUCGUAAACGUAUCAAUUGUUGAGGUCACUUUGCUUUAAGUGCGCGCAUGUUAUGUAAAUAUUUCUUUUACACUGUAUUUGACAAUAAU